UCGGUCGCUGUUUGUGUUCGUCGCCUUAAGAUUUUUGUGCUGUUUUUUUUUUUUUUCUUUCCUCCCAUUCAGAGUCACUCGACGGGCCGAAAUGGCGUCGUUUAUUUCAGUCCCGUUGAAAAAGUCCUCCGAAGUAGAUCUGGUGAAGCCUCUGUCGAAGUUUGUCACAGCCUCGUACCCAUCGGGCGAGGAGCAGGCGGAGUAUCUCCGUGCUGUGGAGGAGUUGAACAAGCUCCGCAAGAACGCGCUGGGAAGGCCGUUGGACAAACACGAAAGCUCCCUGGAGAUCCUACUGCGAUACUACGAUCAGCUGUGUGCAAUCGAGCCGAAGUUUCCCUUCUCAGAAAACCAGCUCUGCUUGACUUUCACAUGGAAGGAUGCUUUUGAUAAAGGAUCUCUGUUUGGAGGCUCCGUCAAGCUCUCUUUGGCCAGUUUGGGCUACGAGAAGACGUGCGUGUUGUUUAACUGCGCCGCCCUGGCCAGUCAGAUCGCUGCCGAACAGAACGUGGACAACGACGAGUGUCUCAAGGCUGCUGCUAGAUUCUAUCAGUUGGCCAGCAGCGCCUUCAGUCACAUUAAGGACACGGUCCUGUCGGCCCUGAACAGAGAGCCCACCAUGGACAUCUGCCCCGAGACCGUCAGCACCCUGAGCAGCAUCAUGCUGGCUCAGGCUCAGGAGGUCUUCUUCCUCAAAGCCACAUCAGAUAAGAUGAAAGACGCCGUGAUUGCAAAACUGGCCAAUCAGGCGGCAGAUUUCUACGGCGAUGCCUUCAAGCAGUGCCAGUACAAAGACACGCUUCCUAAAUAUUUUUAUUUUCAGGAAGUGCUGCCGGUGCUGGCGGCUAAACAAGGCAUCAUGCAAGCCAGCGCCGAGCUGCACCAGAGCAUCCUCGCCAAACAGAAGAAGCAUUUUGGAGAGGAGAUCGCUCGUCUGCAGCACGCAGCAGAUCUGCUGAAGACCGUUAGGUCUCGUUACGACGAGUAUGUGAGCGUGAAGGACCUGGCUGAGAAGAUUAACCGAGCUCUCAACGCAGCCAAGAAGGACAACGACUUUAUCUACCACGACCGAGUCCCCGAGGUCAAAGACCUGGAGCAGAUCGGCAAGGCGGCACUGGUGAAGGCUACCGCCAUCACACCUCCACUCAGCCAGAAGUUCACAGAUUUGUUUGAGAAGAUGGUUCCCAUGGCCGUGCAGCAGUCCAUGAGCAUCUACAGCCAGAGGAAAGCAGAGACGGUGAACAGACUAGUGGGAGCCAUGAGGGAGGCCACCAAUCUCUGCAACGGGGUGCUGGCGUCUCUCAACCUUCCUGCUGCUUUGGAGGACCUGUCAGGAGACAGCAUCCCACAAUCCAUCGCUGAGAAGUCCAAAUCGAUCGUGGGACAGGGAGGUCUGCAGAGCAUCGAGAAGUUGAUCAAAGACCUUCCUGAGCUUUUAACUCGUAACAGAGAGAUCCUGGACGAGUCUCUGAAGAUGCUGGAUGAUGAGGAAACAACAGACAACGAGCUGAGAACCAAGUUCAGCCAGCGCUGGAACAGAACCCCAUCUGGAGAUCUCUACAAGCCCCUUCGUGCCGAGGGCUCCAACUUCCGUAACAUCCUGGACAAGGCGGUGCAGGCCGACCAGGUGGUGAGGGACCGCUACAACACACAAUGCGACAUGAUCGCCCUGCUGUGUAAACCCGAGAACGAGCUCACCGCCGCCAUCCCCUCCGCCAACCCGACCAAGACACUACAGGGCAGCGAGGUGGUGAACGUGCUGCGCUCGCUGCUCGCCCAGCUGGAUGAGAUGAAGAGGGAGAGGGAGGUCCUGGAGGGAGAGAUCAAGGCCGUGACGUUCGACAUGUCCACCGCCUUCCUGAAGGCGCUGGCCCAAGACGGCGCCAUCAACGAGGAGCAGCUGUCCGUGUCGCAGCUCGACCAGCUGUACGGCAGCUACAACCAAAAGGUGCAGGCCAGCCUCCACAGGCAGGAGGAGCUGCUGGGACAAGUGCAGACGUCCCACCAGGAGUUCGCCAGCUUGAAGCAGUCCAACAGCGAGGCCAACCAGAGGGAGGAGGUCCUGAAGAAGCUGGCGUCAGCCCAUGACAGCUACGUGGAGAUCUGCAGCAACCUGCGCGAGGGCACCAAGUUCUACAACGACCUGACGGAGAUCCUGCUCAAGUUCCAGAACAAAUGCAGCGACAUCGUUUUUGCUCGUAAGACCGAGCGCGACGAGCUGCUCAAGGAGCUGCAGCAGAGCAUCGCUCGGGAGCCCAGCGCUCCCUCCUUCAGCGUCCCGGCCUACCAGAGCAACCCGGGUGCCCCCACCCCAGUCCCCGGUCCAACUCCUGCUCCCAGAACAGUCUUCCAGCCUCAACAAGCCCCGCAGAAGCCCCAAGCCCCCGCCAGGCCUCCUCCUCCCAGCUUCAACCCUCAGGCGGCAUCCACCCCACCCACCGGCUCCACAGCCGUUGGCCCACCCCCCUCCAACAACCCACCACCGGUUGCUCCGACCUCCCAGGCCCAGGGACCGCCGUACCCGUCCUACCAGGGCUACCCAGGCUUCUACCAGAUGCCCAUGGGCUUCAACCCGUAUGCUUACGGCCAGUACAACAUGCCCUACAUGCCUUACCAAGCCGCCCCCGGACAGGGAGGAUACCCCGGAGCUCCUCCAGCUGGACCAUCCUACCCCGGUUACCCCCAGCAGCAGCCCCCCCAGCAGCAGCCCCCCCAGCAACAGCCCUACUACCCUCAGCCGUAACUCCCCUCUUCACCCCCCACCCCCCGAUAUGUUAACACCAAAUAAAAAUGUCCUCAGCAAUAACACCCGUCUCCAUCAGGCCCUACUCCGCCUUUAUCUCCUCUCACUAACAGCAGCUGGGGGGGGUGGGGGGGGGGGGGGGUGUACUUAUCUGAUUUGCACUUUUUCCUUGAUUAAAUUUUUUUUGGUUCUGAUUCUUUAACUUCACGUUCUUUAUUGACCUGUUUUCUAACAUGUUUUAUAUUAUUUAACCCCCACCCCCAUAAACGCGCUUUCACCGACUCCUUCACCGAGCCGGACUGCUGUACGACGCUCGUGGUUAGCGACCCCCCCCCCCCCCCCCUCCGAUCUGCUCCCAUGUUUCACCCUUAAUCCUAUUUUUGUAACGAUCACGGAUGCCUCACGCUCACGCGCUGCCGGUUUUCUACGACUGUUGGGAGCGCCGCUCUUCUUCUUCCUCUUUCAUCCCGGGAAUGUGGGUUGUCUUGUUUUUUUUUUGUGUUACAAUCAAAGGCUGUAUAGGUGGGAGAAAUAGUUUUACUCUAUAAAUAUAUGUAUAAAUAAGACUGUAUGUUAACUAAAAUACUCUGUGUGCUGCA